GUGCUGGGAUUACAGGCAUGAGCCACAGGUCUUCCUCUGUCACUGAGGCUGGAGCGCAGUGGCAUAAUCAGCUCACUGCAAGCUCUGCUUCAACCUCCGCCUCACUGCAACCUCCGCUGGGCUCAAGUGAUACUCCUGCCUCAGCCUCCCAAGUAGCUGGGACUACAGAUGUGGACCACCAUGCCCAACUAAUUUUUGUAUAUUUUGUAGAGAUGGGUUUUUGCCAUGUUGCCCAGGCUUCAAACUCUUGAGCUCAAGUGAUCCACCCACUUUGGCCUCCCAAAGUGAUGGGAUUAUAGGCAUGAGCCACCGUGCCUGGUCUGUGUACAAGUUUUAUAGUUUUAGAUAUUAUGUUUAGGUCUAUGAUCCAUCUUAAAUUUUGUGUAUGAUGAGAGGUGUGGAUUAAGUUCAUUUUUCCACAAAAGGAGAGCCAGUUGCGCCUGCACAGUGGAUUAUUAUUCAGUCAUUAGAAGGAAUGAAAUGUGAUAUGUGAUACUACAUGGAUGAGCUUUGAAAAUACUAUGCCAACUGAAAGAAGGCAGACACAAAAGGUCACAUGUUGUAUGAUUCCAUUUAUAUGAAAUAUCUAGGAUAGUUAAAUCCAGAGACAGAGUCCAGAUUGGUUGUUGCCAGGGGCUGGGUAGAGGGCAUAGUGGGAAGAAACUGCUUAAUGGAUGAGGGGUUUUACUUUAGAGUCAUGGAAGUAUUUUGACACUAAAAGGAGUUGGUGGUUGCACUAAAUGCCACCAACUUGUUCACUUUAAAGUGGUCAAUUUUAUGUGAAUUUCCCCUGAAUAAAUUAUUUUUUUAAAAGCCACAGAGGUGAUUUAUAUAAAAAAGACUUAGCCUGGACAACAUAAUGAGACCCUGUCUGUACACAAAUUAAAAAAAAUAAUAAUUAGCUGGGUUUUGUGGUGAGUACCUGUAUUUCUAGCUGUUCUGGAGCCUGAGGUGGAAGGAUCACUUGAGUCCAGGAGUUCAGGGUUACAGUGAGCUAUGAUCAUGUCAUUGCACUCCAGCCUGGGCAACAGUGAGACCCUGUCUCAGAAGAAGGGAGAGAGGAAGGGAGAAUACAAAAUACAGUUAAAAUAAAAUGUCAACCUCCUGGAGUGAUCGGUUACAGAAUGCAGCAGAUAUGCCUGCUAACAUGGAUAAGCAUGCCCUGAAAAAGUAUCGUCGAGAAGCCUAUCAUCGGGUGUUUGUGAACCGAAGUUUAGCAAUGGAAAAGAUAAAGUGUUUUGGUUUUGAUAUGGAUUAUACCCUUGCUGUGUACAAGUCCCCAGAGUAUGAGUCCCUUGGUUUUGAGCUUACUGUGGAGAGAUUAGUUUCUAUUGGCUAUCCCCAGGAGUUGCUCAGCUUUGCUUAUGAUUCUACAUUCCCUACCAGGGGACUUGUCUUUGACACACUAUAUGGAAAUCUUUUGAAAGUCGAUGCCUAUGGAAACCUCUUGGUCUGUGCACAUGGAUUUAACUUUAUAAGGGGUUCUCAGGUAGCUGUUCAGAAGAGACCAGAAACUAGAGAACAGUAUCCAAAUAAAUUUAUCCAGCGAGAUGAUACUGAAAGAUUUUACAUUCUGAACACACUAUUCAACCUACCAGAGACCUACCUGUUGGCCUGCCUAGUAGAUUUUUUUACUAAUUGUCCCAGAUAUACCAGUUGUGAAACAGGAUUUAAAGAUGGGGACCUCUUCAUGUCCUACCGGAGUAUGUUCCAGGAUGUAAGAGAUGCUGUUGACUGGGUUCAUUACAAGGGCUCCCUUAAGGAAAAGACAGUUGAAAAUCUUGAGAAGUAUGUAGUCAAAGAUGGAAAACUGCCUUUGCUUCUGAGCCGGAUGAAGGAAGUAGGGAAAGUAUUUCUUGCUACCAACAGUGACUAUAAAUAUACAGAUAAAAUUAUGACUUACCUGUUUGACUUCCCACAUGGCCCCAAGCCUGGGAGCUCCCAUCGACCAUGGCAGUCCUACUUUGACUUGAUCUUGGUGGAUGCACGGAAACCACUCUUUUUUGGAGAAGGCACAGUACUGCGUCAGGUGGAUACUAAAACUGGCAAGCUGAAAAUUGGUACCUACACAGGGCCCCUACAGCAUGGUAUCGUCUACUCAGGAGGUUCAUCUGAUACGAUCUGUGACCUGUUGGGAGCCAAGGGAAAAGACAUUUUGUAUAUUGGAGAUCACAUUUUUGGGGACAUUUUAAAAUCAAAGAAACGGCAAGGGUGGCGAACUUUUUUGGUGAUUCCUGAACUCGCACAGGAGCUACAUGUCUGGACUGACAAGAGUUCACUUUUCGAAGAACUUCAGAGCUUGGAUAUUUUCUUGGCUGAACUCUACAAGCAUCUUGACAGCAGUAGCAAUGAGCGUCCAGACAUUAGUUCCAUCCAGAGACGUAUUAAGAAAGUAACUCAUGACAUGGACAUGUGCUAUGGGAUGAUGGGAAGCCUGUUUCGCAGUGGCUCCCGGCAGACCCUUUUUGCCAGUCAAGUGAUGCGUUAUGCUGACCUCUAUGCAGCAUCUUUCAUCAACCUGCUGUAUUACCCAUUCAGCUACCUCUUCAGGGCUGCCCAUGUCUUGAUGCCUCAUGAAUCAACGGUGGAGCACACACACGUAGAUAUCAAUGAGAUGGAGUCUCCUCUUGCCACCCGGAACCGCACAUCAGUGGAUUUCAAAGACACUGACUACAAGCGGCACCAGCUGACACGGUCAAUUAGUGAGAUUAAACCUCCCAACCUCUUCCCACUGGCCCCCCAGGAAAUUACACACUGCCAUGAUGAAGAUGAUGAUGAAGAGGAGGAGGAGGAGGAGGAAUGAGGAAAACCAAAACCCCAAGCACCCAUUAAACAAGUCCUGGCAGGACUCACAGGAACAAACGAGGUCCCUGUUAGGGUUCUACUCGGGGGAGGGAGGGGGCUCCAUGAAAGGUACGUCUGAAAAGUUUCUGAAGAUUUUAUUAUCAUAGGUACUUGUUUUGGUUUUGUGUAUCUGUACUCUUUGCAGAUGGUCCAAAAUUGUAAUGGAGUCUGUAUUAGAAGAAAAUAAGGGUAAAAUCAGGCUGAACUGCAUGUAUAUGGCUCCACUGUGGCUUGUGACACUUUUUUUAAAAUCAUCCGUAUGUCAGUGUAUCUGGAUACACGAGGAAAAGGAAAGAGUCUCAGAGUGGGAAGAGGUGAUCUGUAAUGUUACAAAUUGUGCUAUUGGUCCAACUUUUCCAGUGCAUUACAUGGUAUUGUAUAUCAGUGGAGAAAUGUAUUAUUUCCAUGAUCAAAUGUAGUCUCUGUUAAGGUCAAGUUUCCUUUUACAAGCCUUUAAUUCAUCCUCAGUGACUCUGGCAAGGCUGCUUCUCUAUCACUGGCUUUGCACAGAAGUAUGCUCUACUUGCUUUAGGGCAGGAUUCUAUUUUGAGGGAAAAGACAGUAUCCUUAUUACCUUUUGUUUGUUUAAUAGCACAAAUGCUUAUUUGUUUAUCCAAAAACCUUCUUCUUAUCUGUGAUAAAUCUAUAGAAAGAAUUUAGCUGCAAGUGGACAAAGGAACAAGCCCCCAGAAAAGAAAGGGAAGAACUGCCUUUUUAUACUACAGAACAUUCAUUAGUGUGGGCUAUAUAGCUGUGGCUCAUGCUACCCAAUUCCAGAUUUCUUUAUCCUCUAAGAGUUGAUUGCUGUAUAUUAAAAUUGAACAUCAGAGGAUGGGAAGAGGGCUCUGUAAGCCAGAACCUUACUAAAGUAGAGGGCACAAUCAGUGUGAAUAAAUUCACUUCAGAAUCUCAAGUCAAGGCCAGGCAUGGUGGCUCACGCCUGUAAUCCCAGCACUUUGGGAGGCCGAGACAGGCGGAUCACCUGAGGUCGGGAGUUCGAGACCAGCUUUACCAACAUGGAGAAACCCCAUCAUCUCUAUUAAAAAUACAAAAUUAGCUGGGCGUGGUGGCGCAUGCCUGUAAUCCCAUCUACUCAGGAGGCUGAGGCAGGAGAAUCACUUGAACCCAGGAGGCGGAGGUUGCAGUGAGCCAGGAUUGUGCCAUUGCACUCCAGCCUGGGCAAUAAGAACGAAACUCCAUCUCAAAAAAAAUAAAUAAAAAUCCCAAUCCCAAGUCGAAAUCACUUCUUGUUUUAAACAAGAAUGAACCAUUACUGUGUAUGUUAGGGUAUUAAAACUUUCACCAGUACAGUGAAAGUUGUUUCAACAUUUUAAACAGUGGUUAUAGACUCUUUCUUUAACCAUCGUAUAUUUUCUUCCGUUCUUGUCAUUGGUCAAUAGGGGAGGGUAGAUUAGCUGCUCCAGAAUUCAAUAAAGUGUAAUAUUUCUAA